AUGUAUACCACAGGCAACGAGGACAUUGAUACAUUUGAACAAAAACUCUUGACUCCAACUCAACAAAAUAAGGCUCAAGGAUAUAAGAGAUGCAGCGAGAUCAUGGCAAGAAUCAGAAAUUCAAGCACCCACUUAAGAGAUCCUGAUAAAGCUGUAGGCCUCUGGAAGGAGAAAAAGGAUAUUGAUAGAACGAGAAGCAAGAAGAGAGAGAAAAUUGUUAAAGAGAAUUUGUUCCUUCAAAGAUUCCCCGAAGCCCCAAAGCAUAAACGAAAAACGAGGGAAUCAAGAGCAGACAACCUGAAAUCUACAGAUAAUUUAUUAAAAUCUACAUAUUGUAGUAAUUCCAAGAGAAGAAAACUUAGCCAAGGCAGGAAGACAUUUUAUCCUUCAACAAAAAGAAAUUAUUUUAAUAGAACCAGUUCAAGCAAAUUCACCCUUGCUCAGACCACACGCCCUCCCUUCAAACCUGCAGGUUUUAUGAAAGCAAGAGAUGAAAUUGCAGAUAAAGACAACUUCCUCUUAUGAAGAGAGUACUACUUAAGGGAAAAAGAGCUUAAUUUUGAAAACUUCCAGAAGUCAAAGUCGAUGUGGAAGGGAGACUCAUUACUUACAACCAGAAAGCUCAAGCCUGUUGAGAUGCCUAGAUCGAAGGAGAAACUAGUUCCUCAUUCUCAUAGACAGUAUCUUAAUAACAAGAAUAGCUUCACCACUUUCCUUAAAGAUGAUCCAAAAAGACUCCAGAUCUUAGAGAACUACAAAGAGAUCAACAGAAUCAUCACAAAGAACUAUAUAAAGAAGAAAGAUAUGGGGAUCCAGCUCUUGAAUGAUCAUGAUGACACCAAUAAUGACCUUAGUAUGGGUAAUAACAAAUCAAGAACUCAGAAAAAGGACCCAAUAGCUCAGGUACAACAAGUUAUGAAAAGAAUAGCAUACCAAGGAAAAUAA